UCCUACAGAUCUGAUGGCAUUUUUCACCCGUGCUCACAUGUGACAGUGAGUGUCACGUCACUCAACUAUCACCCUCUCCCUCCACGGAUCUGGGGACAUGAUGUGGUUCACAAACCUCAGUGUAACAGGGAACGUGACGGACAUGCACUCUGCGAGUCUGGGUCUGGUGCUGGGCAGCAUCUCCGUAUUUACCGUCAUCCUGAAUAUUUUGGUUUUAUAUGCUGUGAAGACAGAGCGCACCUUACACACUGUUGGCAAUCUAUACAUUGUCAGUUUGUCCAUAGCGGAUCUGAUUGUAGGGGUGGCCGUCAUGCCAUUAAACAUUAUCUACCUUCUAAACGACAAGUGGAUUUUAGGAAGGCCAACGUGUCUUUUUUGGCUAUCGAUGGAUUAUGUUGCGAGCACGGCCUCCAUUUACAGCCUCUUUAUUUUGUGUAUUGAUCGCUACCGUUCCAUUCAGCAGCCUCUGCAGUAUCUGAAAUACAGGACAAAAACCAGGGCUUCUUUAAUGAUUUCUGGGGCUUGGCUACUUUCAUGCACUUGGAUCAUCCCGAUUCUUGGUUGGCACGUGUUUGCAAAUGGUGGCAUAAGAUCAGUGCCGGAACAUACUUGUGAAACAGAAUUCCACAAAGUGACUUGGUUCAAAGUGCUCACCGCCAUACUGAAUUUUUACAUCCCAUCCUUGUUAAUGUUGUGGUUUUAUGUGAAGAUCUACAAGGCAGUGAGGGAACACUACCAGCACAGGGUGCUCAUCAAUGGCUCCUUUCAGCUGUAUUACGACAGUAAACUUAUGAGGAACCUCAAUGUGUUGAAUAAACCAAAUCCUUGCAUCAGACAGCAAUGUUCAGAUGGAACACUCAUGGUUCCGAAGCCUCACUUUCAAAGUCAUUAUACAGUUUCCAAAGUUUUCACUCAAGAGGAUAACUCUCCAAGACACUUCCAGCUGGAGGACUUUGAAACCCAGCCCGAGUUUAACAUGUGUGAAAGUAAUGUCGUGAAGUUGCACUGCUUUCCGCUGGCAAUCCUACAGACUCACCCAGAGGAGUGCCAAAAUUAUGUAACUGUCACCAGAGGGAAGUUAAAUAAACAUCACUGCUGUGAAAACCAGGAGGUAACUGAUAUAUCAGAGGAGCAUACUUUUGCUGAGGCUGGUUCAUGUAUUAUGGAGACGAAUCAAGUAGGGGAAUCCAAUGUGGAGACAGUGGAGGCUACAGAUGCUCGCAUGCCGGGGAAUUUAAAUUACCUGAAGCACACGUGGCAGAGGAUCCGGUCUCACUCCAAGCAGCACAUCCAGGGACUUCACAUGAACCGAGAGAGGAAAGCAGCCAAGCAGUUGGGGUUUAUCAUGGCAGCUUUCAUGCUCUGUUGGAUCCCUUACUUUGUCUUCUUUAUGGUUAUUGCAUUUUGUCAUCACUGCUGUAAUCACAAUUUCCACAUGUUUACCAUAUGGCUGGGGUAUGUAAACUCAACCUUGAACCCCCUGAUUUACCCUCUGUGUAAUGAGAACUUUAAAAAGACAUUUAAAAAGAUAUUUCACAUUGACCUGUACUGCAGCCGGUGUAAGAAAGAUAAGUGUGGAUCCUGCACCUUGAAAUGA